ACUUGCAAUUUUCAGUCUUGAAGAUCACUUUCAUCAAAAUGGACGCACGGAAAUUUUCCACUCACAUACUGGACACAUCCGUGGGUAAAGCUGCUGCCAAUGUCCGAGUAACCGUUUCCAGGCUGGACGAGAUCCAGGAGUGGCGAUCCCUUCGAGCAGCGCAAACUAACGAGGAUGGUCGGUGCCAGCUCCUGGAGCCUAGCCAAUUUCCCAGCGGGAUCUACAAGUUGACUUUCCACGUAGGAUCAUAUUUUGCUGAGCGCAAUGUGCGCACCCUGUAUCCAGUUAUUGAGAUCAUUGCGGAUUGCAGUGAAAAUCAGAAUUAUCAUAUCCCUCUGUUGCUGAAUCCCUUUAGUUACUCUACUUAUCGUGGUACAUAGAAAAUAAACUACAAAAUAGAACUUGUAUAUACAUAUAUAUGUGGUUAACAAUAAAA